GGAAUGUGUUUAGGGACUGAGCACAAAACUUGUUUGGGCACUGGAGGAGGGGAAAGCUAGCAGUACAAGCAAGUAGCGUGGGUUAACUUUCACCGAAAACUUUAUCCUAAAUUAUUAAACAUAAUGCCGAAAAGUGAAUUUUAUUUAAGAUAUUACGUUGGACAUAAAGGAAAAUUUGGCCAUGAAUUUCUCGAGUUUGAAUUCAGACCUGACGGCAAACUGAGAUACGCCAAUAAUUCCAAUUACAAAAAUGACACAAUGAUUAGAAAAGAGGCUUAUGUUCAUCAAAGUGUUUUGAAUGAACUGAAACGAAUCAUUGAAGAUUCUGAAAUCCUUCAAGAAGAUGAUUCUUUGUGGCCAACACCAGAUCGUGUUGGAAGGCAAGAACUUGAAAUUGUAAUGGGAGAUGAACAUAUUUCAUUUUCUACAUCCAAGAUUGGUUCCCUUGUAGAUGUCAAUCAAUCCAAGGAUGCUGAUGGAUUACGUGCAUUUUAUUAUUUAGUCCAGGAUUUGAAAUGCUUAGUAUUCUCACUUAUUGGUCUCCACUUUAAGAUAAAACCCAUUUAAAGUUUUGGACUGUGAUUUGUGUUGUACUCCUGUCAUUUUUCCAUUAAACUAUCCCGCAAGGUGUAUGUUUUUCCAGAUUAAUAAAAAGAUUUCUUGAA